AUGCAUACAGACCUAUCUCCGCAUUUACAUUCAACUGAAUGCAAUUUAAUAAUCGAAGAGUUGAAAAAGUGUCAUUCCGAGAAUAAAUUUGCCAAAUUCCUUGGCAUCUGCAAUGAUCUGGAUCGCCAAAUGAUAGUGUGCUUGCGGAAUGAAAGGAAAACUCGCCAGAAACUAAACCGAGAGAAAGCACUGGAAAAACAGAAACGUGUUCAGCAGCUGAUGAGAGAACAGCAA